AGGUGAAGAACUAAGAGCUACAGAUUCUUAAUCUGAAAAUGUUCAGUCUUGAACAGUAAAACUGGUUGAGCAGGUUUUUGAAUCUUCAAGUGGGAUUAAAUCCUACUUUUUUCUAUCCGUUACAUCCUGUUCAUUCCCAGUUAGUUAAAACACUCAAAAACACAGAAGGUACUUGUCUGAUAUAGUCUUGUUAAUCACAUCUGUUCCCUCUUUCUCACUUUACUUUCAUGGAGCUGUUCUAUCACCUACUUCCAUCUUCCACCACUCACGAACUCCCCUCCCCUCAACCCUCUUUAAGAAGGCCUGAUCUGAAAACCGUCACCAGAGAGUGGCUGUCCCUCACAAUGGACACAUCGUCAUCCACUCCAGCUCGAUCCCUCACGACCACCCCAGUGCCCCCCACACCGCCCCCUCUGCCCACUGACCUCACACCUUUCCUAGCAGUUCAAGAGCAGCGGGCGACUUCACCUGCACACUUAAAAAAAGGCUUUAUCCCUCCACAUCAGCCACUUUUCACAGAGAGGGGUGCUGGUUUAGGCCAUAUCACAAGUGUCCUGCCUUUUUCCCAACCUACUUCACCACCUCCCCUUCCUCCUCCUGCUCCUCCUCUUCCUCCACCCACCAUUCAUUCCUCAUUCACUUCUUCAUGGCCGGACUCUCCACUUCGACAUAACAGCAGCAGAAGGUUGCAUUCCUCUGAAGCAGCCCAAACUGUACCCGUUAGUAAGCCGGAGAUUUCAACACAACUUCCAGAGCAGCACACAUCUCCCUCUCAUGUAAACAAAAGCAGCAAAGGCCCUGACAUUGAGCUGCAUGUAAAAGACCCCUAUGACGAGCUGUUGUCCAUGAUUCUGGAUGGUUCAAGCAACACACAUCAUGGUGACAUUUCGAGAGGGCCUGCAGUAAGUCCCCCACAGACCAAGCUGAUUAGUGCAUCCCAGAGCAGAUGUUUCCAGAAAAACGAUGAACAGUCCCUUCUUGUAGCAGCAAAGCCCCCAGCGGUCCCUGCAUCAGGCGAUUCACCAGGGAGUGUUCGGUUAGAGUUUCAAAAGCCUGUAACUAUGAAGCCGCUUCCUGUUUUGUGGGGAGAGCAGUCAGUAUCCUUAAACGACCCAGUUGAUGCUCAGAAGCCGCUGUCAAUAGAAGGAAAGGAAUACACCGAGUUAUUCAUUGUGGAAGAGGAUGAAACUAUGAUGGACAAAGAGGAGGACAUUAGUGUUUUCAAUGAAAGACUCAGUCCACAGGCUGAAGUCUCUCCUUCCACUCUGACACAGUUUCCUCCCUCUGGUCUUAUCUCACCCUCCACACCACCACUGCUGACCUCCGUGCUUCCUCCCCCAUUUCCAUCUCCUUCAUCUUCUGGAUCCCGGUCACAACAGUAUGACCACAUCAUCCCUCCCAGUUCUCCCGUCUCCCCUCGGCCCCCGUCUCUUCCUCAGCUCACGACAUCGCCACUUCCCAGAAUCUCUCCACCUGCACCUGUCUUAUCAUCUCCACUACACAUCUCUCAUUCUUCUUCAGACGUUCCCUCGCAGCACUCUGCAUCUCACCCCUCAAGCUCUCCAUGUCUUUCUCACCCAGUCACAUCCAGUCCAAUCUCAGAGUCACUCAGCCCUCUAUCUGCCCCAUCUCCCACUAAAACUGCUUCACCUCCCCUCUCCACUCCACGUCCUACCCAUACUGCCCCCACUGUACCACAUCAUGGUCGUAGGUCUCCUAAGGUGAAGGUAAAGCCUGAAUGUAGAGAUAAAGAUUGAGAGAGCUCUGCUAACAAUGUUUUGCUAACUAUUGUUCUGUUGUUGCUUGCUGAGCUGGGAGUGAGACUGCUGUUUAUUGGUUUAAUAAAGCACAACAUUUUUCUCUCUGAUCAGCCUUUUGCUUACUGAUGUGGGGAAAAAAUGUCUAAGUGAUUUUAUUCUUUAGUGUCUCUAAUAUUUUAAAUGUAGUGUCUAGGUUUUUGUGCUGUUAAUUAUGACCCUAGGAAAUUUCUGGUUUUCCAGCGAACUGAAUAAUCACAGUAUGUACACUAACUUGCAUUAUAUAUUAACAUGGAAGCGCCAGCACGAGGAUGUGUUGACAGCAGAAAACAUGCUUGAUAAAGCAAGUAUGAAGUGCUUCUGUUGGAUUUUUCUCAGUGUGAUUAGGAAUAGUUUUUAUCUGUGGCAUCAGCAUGUUGAUUGAUGGUGUUUACAGCAUGUCAUUAGAUUUUUCUGCUUACACAUUACAUUCAUCGUCAAGGUUGCUGACCUGGUUACUGUUGAAGAUUAUAGGUGUGUUGCCUCUGGUCUUUGUGCCUGUUAAGCAGGAUCCAGUUGUUGGUGGUAAACCUCCUCGUAGCCCCAUCUUGUCCCGGAGGUCCUAUCUGUCACCCCUUAGAGGUCGAAGGGUAGGGGACAGCACGCUUGUCACUGUGCAA